UCUUUAGCUUCUCUGGUUAAAAAAAAAUCGCUUCUCAUGCCAACCACUUUAAUAACGUCCCUGUGACUUGAAUUUUUUUAAUCCCCAAAAUACCCUUCUCUUGCCAUUAAAUUUCCGCUAUCUGCCCCUUACUUUAUACAAAACACAUUAUUGCUAUUUUAAAAGCAACAGAGAGCUACAUAAAUCUGCAAAUUUUUUGUUAAGUGACCUGAUAAUGGCUGAGACGGUGGCUCACGACAGCGAUGAGGGUCUUGCACUGUUACCACUCAACAAUGACAGUGACGGGUCAUGGCGGCUAAACUUCGACGGGCAUCAGUUAUCGGCGGAGCACAAAGAGAAAAAGCCACCUCGGGGAAUCCAUGAUUGCUACGGAGUUUUAGGUCCAGAAGAUGAUGUAGCAGAAUACUAUCAGCAGCAGGUGGAAAUGCUCGAGGGAUUUAAUGAAAUGGAUGCCUUAGCUGAGCGUGGCUUUAUUCCUGGAAUGUCAAAGGAAGAGCAGGAAAAUUUGGCUAGAAGUGAGACCUUUGCUAUUAGAAUAUCAAAUGUUGCUAAUAUGAUUCUCUUUGCUGCUAAGGUUUACGCAUCCAUCAGAAGUGGUUCAUUAGCCAUUAUUGCAUCCACAUUAGACUCUCUUCUUGAUCUUCUAUCUGGCUUCAUCCUGUGGUUUACUGCAUUUACUAUGCAAACACCAAACCCAUAUCAGUACCCUAUUGGAAAGAAGCGCAUGCAGCCAUUGGGAAUUCUUGUUUUUGCUUCUGUCAUGGCAACUUUGGGACUGCAGAUAAUUUUGGAAUCGAUGCGCACAUUGUUAUCUGAUGAUAAUGAAUUUGAAUUGAAUAAAGAGCAAGAGCGUUGGGUUGUGGGAAUUAUGCUUUCGGUGACUUUGGUAAAACUUUUGCUGAUGGUUUAUUGCCGCUCGUUUACUAAUGAGAUUGUUAAAGCUUAUGCCCAGGAUCAUUUUUUUGAUGUCGUUACAAAUAUAAUUGGUCUUAUUGCUGCACUUCUUGCUAAUUACCUGGAAGAUUGGAUGGACCCUGUUGGAGCUAUAAUUCUGGCCUUAUACACCAUUCGCACAUGGUCAAUGACAGUGUUGGAAAAUGUUAAUUCCCUUGUUGGAAAAUCGGCUAAUCCAGAUUAUCUGAAAAAACUAACAUACCUGUGUUGGAAUCAUCACAAGGCAGUUAGACACAUCGAUACAGUCCGGGCCUACACAUUUGGGUCUCACUAUUUUGUUGAGGUCGACAUUGUCCUGCCUGCUAGCAUGCCCUUGCAAGAGGCGCAUGACAUCGGAGAAUCCUUGCAGGAAAAGCUUGAGCUGCUGCCAGAGAUUGAGCGCGCUUUCGUUCAUCUUGAUUAUGAGUACACACACAAGCCUGAGCAUGCACGGUCACAUCCAUAGUAAGAAGCAGCUCUGAUCUCUUCCUUGUUGGUCUUUUGGUUUUCUCCUACCAACUUUUACUGCAUAUUCUGUCCACGAAGCUAAGGAAAUAUGGAUGGUAUGUAAUUGCUGGGAAAGAUCAUAUGCAGAUGAUUACUGAUUGUAAAUUCCACAAAUGCAUAACUUAGAAUGUGGGAUUUGUGGAUAUUCUAAGGGAAGAUGGCUUUAGAAAACGUUGUCUAUAGAUUGAAUCUGGCUCUAUAUUUGAGAGUCAAUGGCUAAUAUAUUACUCCCUCCCUUCUUUUUAUUUAGGAAUAUCUAAAAUUUCACAAAGAUUAAGAAAAUAAUUUAACCAA